AUGGGACAAAAUUUAUCUAAAGAGGAAGAAAGUGUUCUGUCUUCAUGGAAAAUUUUGUUAAGAAAUAAGGGAAUUAAUACGUCAGACUAUGAGCUUCGUAAUAUAUUGCUGUGGGCUAAAUCACAGAAUUUUGGCACUGAUCCUGACACAGCAUUUAGUGUUAAGGCAUGGAAGAAAGUCGGGGACAGACUAUGGCAAGUCAUUCAAGCGGGAGAUAAAACAGCUGUUGAUUUAGCAGUAACCUGGAACUCGCUCUUUGAGGCUUUAAAGGAAUGGAAAGUAGAGAGAGAAACGGAGCAAGAUGCGGACGAAGAGUCGGGGCUGAUAACAGAACCUGACGGGGGGGCUGAGGCAGAGGGGGCCUCUGAGGUAGAAGGGGGCUCUGAUUGGGAACUUGGUGAAGAAAGUUCGGAUGCCAUGGGAGUUACCCGGCACGCUGCCAGAACUUCUGGGAAAGCUGCCAAAACUUCUGGGCAACCUGCCCUAGCCUCUUCUUAUGAGACCCCUAAGCCUCCUUAUCUCACACCUGCACAGCAGCUCCAGAUGGUGCCUGUGAAACUGAUGAACCAAGGAGCUGUUGAUGCUCCCUUCACCUGUCUCCCUUCAGCCACCAACCUGGGUUUGUGUUUCAAGUUUGCCCCCGAGGAGGGCAUCAUUGCAGCAGGUGGGAGCCAGGCUGUGCAGAUCUCCUUCAGUGCCACCGUGCUGGGGAGCUUUGAGGAGGAGUUCCAGUUCAGUGUGGCUGGAUCUCCUACGCCUGCCAUCCUGACCAUCAACCUUUCAUGUCCCCCCGGUACCCUGGAGGCCCAAGGCCACCUCUCAGAAUACCCAACCAGGAUGUGCAAUGCCAGCGAGACAAGGAUGAGUAAUGACCUGCUGUUCGUCAGCAGGGACCUUUUCUGGCCCAUCUGUGAGAAGAGGGUUCUGGAAGUAGAGAACAUUUGUGUUUUCAAGUUCUCCAUAGUGCAGAAAGAGGAGGUGAAAGAGUUGUCAGCAGAUGAAAAGUUAAAGACAAGCAGACAGAAAAACAUCAGUGGAACUCUGAGAGGAAAACUAGUGCAGAGUGGAAGGCCCUCGGAGGUGUCCGGGGAAUCAGCCCCUCCUGCCCAGCGGGAUGGACCCCACACAGCAGCAGGGUCAUCCAAACAUGGGUGGGCCGAUGCAGAGGAUGACACCUCCAAGGGGAACAGUGCCAUUAGGACCACAGUCUCUUUUGAAGCUGAGAAAUAUGCUGGUGUGCCCUGCAGGACACAGUCCAUGGAUGAAAUUGUGUUCGGAGAGACUGCCAGGGUUGGAGAAAUUCUUGCCAUCAGAGCAAAGGUGAACAUACAAGUCGAAGCCUGCAUGGAGGUUGGCAUAGAGGAGACAGUAGAGGAUGUUGUAACGAAUGAUGAAAAGAUUGUGAGUGUGACAUAUGCAACAUAUGAGGCUAAACCAGUUGGUGCUGAAAAGAUUGAGUAAAAACCCAUAGAGCUUCAGUCUCCAGAAGACCACCUGGAGUACUUCCUGGCUCUGGAGAGGAGCAUAAUCCAUAUGGGCUAUUUGGAGGUCUUUCAGAAGGUGAUGCAGGAGAGCAGUAAGGAAGAUCCUUCUGAAGAUGAACAGACCAUUUCAACCGAGCACACCUAUGUCCAGAGCAUGGAGCUUGUCCUGCCUUCGCACACAAGCCAUCAAGGGAACACCUCUGCUGGACAGAUAAUGUAUUGGAUACAGAUGGUGGCAAGCAUCUCAGCAAGCCGCCUCUGUUGGUCACAGCCAUUCCUAAAGGAAAUUAACAGGUUCGCAUUCUGGCGGCAGUCCAUUGAGUAUGACCGCCUGCUGUUCAAGGCCAGUGUCAACAACACUUUCCAGAGCAGUGUGGAGGUUGGUGUCCGUGUGGAGGCUUUCAGCGGUGAGGAGUGGGCCCAGGACUGCCCGCACCCGCGGCACAUCUGCAGUGCAUUCCUCAUUUUCUCUGCUUUGGAUGACAAAGGGGAGCCAUUCACCUUCCCCAGGGUCAGGCCCACUACUCAGGAUGAUGUGAGAAGAUUCUAUGGAGCUGUUGCCAGGAGGAGAGUUCUAUUCAACAGUAAAUGCAUCCUAGCUGCCAGAGGAGACAAGCCCUCUGAUGCCUGGGAGACGAGAAACCAGGCGUAUUUGAAUUACAAAAACAUUGCUGCGCUGACGCCUAUGACAGAAAAAACAAGGUGGAACAUAGCCUUGGACAAGACUGAGGAUAAUAUAAAAGUCUUUACCCACGAGGAGGGUGAUACUCUGCCAGUUAAGGUGGAGAUGGAGGUGAAGGUCCCAUCCCACACAGCCGCCUCUCUACUGUCUGAUUUCAAGCUCUGCCCGAGCUGGGACAAGCACUUCCUGUCAUGUGAGGUCCUGCAGGAUGUGAAUGAGAGGGAAAAGAUUUACCACCUCAUCUCUGGCCCCACGGCAGGCCGCCAGCCCAAGGACUUUGUGAUUCUGGUAUCCCAAAGGGAGCCCUUCCAGCCACAGGAGCCCUACACGGUGGUGGUGAGGUCAGUGAUCCACAGGGCGAUGCCCCCACGCCCAGAGUACUCCAGGACUCAAGUCCUCUGUUCUGGAUUCCAGAUUCACAGCACCAGCACCAGCUCCUGCACUGUCUGUUACUUCCUUCGGUUACCAUCAGGAAUUACGCCCUACCUAACUGCAGAUAAGGUUACUGACACAUCAAGCUCAGUCGAAGACACUGCGUUGGCCUGUAUCAGGUUCUUACAGGAGAAAUACAUGGAGAGAUGGAUCCGAGGAGUUCUGAAGGGACAUUCAAGCAGUCUGACGGAAUUGUGA